AUGGAGCCAUCCUGCUCAUACUCUGAAUGUGAUAUAUUUAAAGGAAGCAAAAAUUCAUUUGAAAACAAUGUGGAAGAUAAGACUGAUGCCAAUGAUGUAAAGCCUGCAGAAAUACCUACUGAAAACAAUGAAGACCAACAAAUUGAAGACCUUGAAAGAGAUGACUUCGAGGAAGAAAACAGAAUUCUUAAACAUUGCUCUAAUAUGGUAGUAGAUGAAGACGAGGCUUCAACGGCACAAUAUUCUCGGCCUGUAAGUAGUGUCGACCCUGAUUUAUUAAAAAUAGCCAGUGCCGAAACAAUUGCUAGGUUACAACAUUUCAUGUCUGAUGAUUUUGGCCUCCCUGGCUGUGGCCGAGAAGCAAACAAAGUUAUAGGCAGCAAAUUAAAAGAAAUGAUACAAGAUAAAGCAGGAUUGUUUGUACAGGGAACAUCUAUGUCAAAAGAAGAUUUUAUGCAAAAACUAAUUAAUAGUGGAAAGCCAGAAAAGAAAGAUUUUCCAAAGGGUAAACUUUAUAAGGCUGACUUGGAAGAAAAUGCAAAUGAUAGUAACAUGGAAAUUGAUGCGGUCAGUGGGCCAUCAGGUAGAUCUAAUUCUAAUGCUUCAAGUAUUGCAAGUACUAGCUCAGAUAGUAAGGAUUUCACAGUACCUUCUACUUCAAAUGCUGAAAAGCUUUUGGGGCUUUGUGAUGCUACAAAAAAUGGAGAAAGAAGUUCCCAGGUCUCGAGUUACGCAUAUUGCGAUCCUGAUGAUGAUUCGGAUGAGGAUGAUGUGGAAGAGACUUGGUGUACCUGUCUUUCAUCACCUGAGGACGGAGAAGAUGAUGACGAACCAGAACCUGAAGAAAGAUUUUGGAGAAAAAGACGUUACGAGCCACCGCCGCCCCAGUCUGCAAAAAGAUUCCGUCCUGAUGGUACAAUGGUGCAAUACACCGGCGAAUGGAGUAAUACUAGCCUUGGACUUCAGUCAUUGCAGCAUAAUAUAAAUCAAGCUUCGCCCGAAUUGAACCAGUGGCUAAACAGAUUCCAGUCUUGGACUAACGUUGAGAAGAUUCAAGCUAUCGACGCUCUCAUAGGCCGCUGCACGGCAGGCCAUGUGCGCCACAUGAUGAAGGCUAUAGAACCUCUUUUCCAACGGGAUUUCAUAUCGCUUCUACCCAAAGAGUUGGCACUUACAGUGCUCGGAUACCUGUCGCCCAAGGAUCUCUUACGGGCUGCUCAAACCUGUCGCUAUUGGAGAUUCCUAGCUGACGACAAUCUACUGUGGAAGGAACAAUGCCGUCGCAUAGGCCUGACAACAUUAAAAAAGCGUCUUCGCUCUAUGCCCCGUUGCGCCAGUCCAUGGAAAGCUGCCUACAUGCGUCAGUCGCUUAUUCAAGACAAUUGGCUGUACAAUAACGUAGAUAACCCCAUAGUGAUGCGUGGACAUGAUGAUCACGUGAUAACUUGCCUACAGUUCUAUGGAAAUCGCAUACUCAGUGGCAGCGAUGAUACAACACUCAAAGUAUGGUCCGCUAUUACAGGGAAGUGUCUGCGCACAUUGGUCGGCCAUUCCGGUGGUGUGUGGUCAUCGCAGAUGAUCGGUGAUCUUGUGAUAAGCGGUUCCACUGAUCGCACUCUGCGUGUUUGGAAUGCGAAGACAGGCCGUUGCCUCAAAGUGUUAGCUGGACAUACUUCGACUGUCCGGUGCAUGCACUUGCAUCAAAAUAGAGUGGUGUCAGGUUCGCGUGAUGCAACUCUACGCGUAUGGUCGAUUAGCAAAGGCUGUUGUCUUCGCGUACUCGUUGGCCACUUAGCGGCGGUGCGUUGUGUCCAAUAUGACGGUAAAGUGGUCGUGUCGGGCGCAUAUGACUACUUCGUGAAAGUAUGGAAUCCGGAGACAGGGGAAUGCUUGCACACAUUGGCGGGACAUACCAACAGGGUUUAUAGCUUGCAGUUUGACGGUGUGCACGUAGUAAGUGGUUCUUUGGACACGUCGAUCCGCGUAUGGGACGUUGAGUCUGGACAGCUGAAGCAUACACUCACCGGCCAUCAGUCCCUAACUUCAGGCAUGGAACUUCACUCAAAUAUUCUCGUUUCGGGCAAUGCUGACUCGACUGUUAAAGUGUGGGACAUCACCACUGGACAUUGUCUUCACACUUUAUCAGGACCAAACAAACAUCAAUCGGCUGUCACCUGCCUUCAAUCCAGCAACCGUUUCGUGAUAACAUCGUCUGACGACGGGACCGUGAAGUUAUGGGACGUGCGUACCGGUGAGUUUAUAAGGAACCUAGUCGAACUCGGCUCUGGCGGUUCUGGCGGAGUUGUAUGGCGCAUUCGGGCUUCAGCGACUAAACUCAUUUGUGCUGUCGGGUCCCGAAACGGCACCGAAGAAACCAAACUAUUGGUCCUCGACUUUGACGUUCCUGGGGCUUGUAGGAAGUGUGAUGAAUAG